AUUCCUAAGCUGGGGAAAGACAAGCACUUGCCUUCCAGUUCCUCCUCCUACCCCUCCUCCUCCUCCUCCUACCCCUCCUCCUCCUCCUCCUACCCCUCCUCCUCCUCCUCCUACCCCUCCUCCUCCUCCUCCUACCCCUCCUCCUCCUCCUCCUACCCCUCCUCCUCCUCCUCCUACCCCUCCUCCUCCUCCUCCUACCCCUCCUCCUCCUCCUCCUCCUCCUACCCCUCCUCCUCCUCCUCCUCCUCCUACCCCUCCUCCUCCUCCUCCUCCUCCUACCCCUCCUCCUCCUCCUCCUCCUCCUCCUACCCCUCCUCCUCCUCCUCCUCCUCCUCCUACCCCUCCUCCUCCUCCUCCUCCUCCUCCUACCCCUCCUCCUCCUCCUCCUCCUCCUCCUACCCCUCCUCCUCCUCCUCCUCCUCCUCCUACCCCUCCUCCUCCUCCUCCUCCUCCUCCUCCUCCUCCUACCCCUCCUCCUCCUCCUCCUCCUCCUCCUACCCCUCCUCCUCCUCCUCCUCCUCCUCCUCCUCCUACCCCUCCUCCUCCUCCUCCUCCUCCUCCUCCUCCUACCCCUCCUCCUCCUCCUCCUCCUCCUCCUCCUACCCCUCCUCCUCCUCCUCCUACCCCCCAUCCUCAUACCCCCCAUCCUCCUCCUCCUACCCCCCAUCCUGCGUGCCCUGCCUGUUAUUUAUUGUAACAUCUACUGUACCUAUUAUGCAGCUCCAGAAGAAAGUUGAGGAGCUCAAAGAAGAGGAAGAAGUAAAAGUGGAAAGCUAUAAAAAUGUUCUGAAAGACAAACAGCAGCUGGAGGGACCUAAAAAUGAAGUAUUGAACUACAUGAAAGCUGAAAAUGAGAUUGCAAAAUUAAGAAAUGAGCUGAUGCAAAAGUACAU